CUUGCACACUUAUUGCAACACCAACUGAGUAGGCAUGUCAACGACCCAGAAAAAGACAGCAGAAGAGAACAAGGCGUGAGAGAAUCAGCACACGCUGCACUUGUAUACUUAUAUGGAGGAGUGGAACCGGCACUAGUACUAGAACGAAACGAUGAGCAAUGGUCAUGGCAUUCUUGCGGCGUGGAUUUGUUCUAUGCUAAUCGCUUCUCAGGCUGCGUUGCAGUACAUAUGUAUAUCAGAUUGGAUAUAUACGUGCAGAACUACGCCGUCGGUGGCGUGGUUAACUACCAUAUACAUCACCAUUAUUGCGAAGAUAUCCUGCUAUAUGUUAGAACAAAGGGCGCGAGCUUGAUACGGU